GUGGUAUAUGGCUAAUAUACCACGGUUAAGGGCCGUGCCUAAGAACAGCCCUUAGCCGUGGUAUAUUGGCCAUAUACCCACCUCCUCUGGCUUUAUUGCUUAAUUAUGAGAUGGAGUUACUUCAGCAUGACACUGAGCCGGUAGCAAAAGCCAGGAGAAGAGGGACAGGGAUAUGGGACAGGGAAAUGGAAAGGUGGAUAUUAGAGGGAGUAAUGGAGGAGGAAAAUUAGGAUUAAGAAGAGGUUGAAGAGAGUGAGGGCGGCAGAGGUUGAGCCUGUUGAAGAUGGCAGAAAAGAGGUAGAUGGUGUGUCGAAGAACACUGGGGUCAAGUACAACCAGUGUGAGCUGUGCGCCAGACCGAGUUCUGGAGGUGAAAUGGAUGUGAGCUGCGCGCCAGACCGAGUUCUGGAGGUGAAAUGGAUGUGAGCUGUGCGCCAGACCGAGUUCUGGAGGUGAAAUGGAUGUGAGCCAGACCGAGUUCUGGAGGUGAAAUGGAUGUGAGCUGUGCGCCAGACCGAGAUCUGGAAGUGAAAUGGAUGUGAGCUGUGCGCCAGACCGAGAUCUGGAUGUGAAAUGGAUGUGAGUUGUGCGCCAGACCGAGUUCUGGAGGUGAAAUAGGUGUGAGCUGUGCGCCAGACCGAGUUCUGGAGGUGAAAUGGAUGUGAGCUGUGCGCCAGACCGAGAUCUGGAGGUGAAAUGGAUGUGAGCUGUGCGCCAGAAUGAGUUCUGGAGGUGAAAUGGGUGUGAGCUGUGCGCCAGACCGAGUUCUGGAGGUGAAAUGGGUGUGAGCUGUGCGCCAGACCGAGAUCUGGAGGUGAAAUGGAUGUGAGCUGUGCGCCAGAAUGAGUUCUGGAGGUGAAAUGGGUGUGAGCUGUGCGCCAGACCGAGUUCUGGAGGUGAAAUGGGUGUGAGCUGUGCGCCAGACCGAGUUCUGGAGGUGAAAUGGGUGUGAGCUGUGCGCCAGACCGAGUUCUGGAGGUGAAAUGGGUGUGAGCUGUGCGCCAGACCGAGUUCUGGAGGUGAAAUGGCAUUGAAUGAUGGAGAUUUAAGUGGUGGAAGGUGUAGUGAGCAGCUCGGAGUCUGAGCCUUGCAUUGAUGGACAUGGUUAUGAUAACGAUGAGUUUGGUCCAGUGGGAGUGAGAUUUUUGAAGAAAGUGGAUACAGGCCUUUUGGCUGAUCCAUAUGUGGUAUCAGGUUGGGUGGAAAAGAUGGUGGGUGCUGUUGAGUCGGUGAAGGUAACCCAAAGUGGACUUGUGAUGUUUGUUUGUGUUUCUUCAGAUCAGAGGGAACGGGCACUCCGUGCGACGUAACUUGGGCCAUGAUCUGUGUCUCGCUUUGCUCUUAGAAGUCGGUCGCCAUUGAAGGGAGAGAUAUCUGGGGUAGCAUUAAGUGUGGAGGCGGAGCAAUUAAAGUUGAAAAUUCUUUGUGUUUGUGACGCCCGCCGAUUGGUGCGACGCAGACCCGGUGGGGGGCGAGGUGAAAAAGAGGCAACACAGUCUGUUCUUUUGAGUUUUGAAUCAGAGUCUUUACCCGACAAAGUCAUGUUAGGAUAUAUGAGUUAUCCUGUUACAGCUUUUGUGCCGAACCCACUGCGUUUCAGGUGCCACGUUUAUGGCCAGGUCGCAGCAGUGUGUAGGAGGGAAAUUCCAAGAUGUGGGAAGUGUGCAGGAAGGCAUGGGACAGAGGGAUUUGUAGUUUUGUUGGAAGAAGUUGUGUGUGUCAACUGUCGGGGUGCACAUUUUGCGGGGGAUCGGCGGUAUCCGUUGAAGAAUAGGCAGGUUGAGGUGGCCAGGGUCAGAGAAGUGACCAAGGUGUUGUAUGAUGAGGCAGUGAAGAAGGUAGAGGAGGAUGGAUCAAGGAUGAAGGAUCCUGAGAGGAGCCCAGUUAGUAGUAAGGAUAGGCCAAAGUGAUAUACUGUAUGCUUCAGUAGGGUUGGCUUCUGAGCAUUCAUAGCAACAGUUAUCAACUGUAUCGCAGAGAUGGAACGUAAGUCACAGAAAAUAGAUGUUGUGGUGGCAGCUGCAGAGAAGUACUUGGAGGUACGAGAUUUGAGUUCAGAAGAGUUACAAGGUGUGUUGAGUGGUAGUGUCUCGUCCUCUCAGGUCGUUGGCCUGGGUUAGGAUCAGAUAGGGUUAAAGUAGUGGAAUGGGGUUGUGGGUUUUAAUGAGUGUAGGGUUGGCAUCUAAUAUAUGGCGGUAACAUAUAAUGGCCAACCGCCAUUAAACCUCAUCAAAGAACAAGAAAAACAAGAAGAAGAAAAGCAAGAAGAAAAACAAGAAGAAGAAAACAAGAAGAAGAUAGGAUGUUCGUGAAAAUUCAGUUGGACAUGUAAGAACUUUGCAGGCAUUUUAGAAACAUUGUUUCCGUCUCAGUGGACAUUGAAACAAUGUACAGUAGGCCUAGUACAAGAAGAAAUCCGGGCAACCUUCCCUCUACUUUACACAAGUAGGUUGAAUAAGCAAGAGUUCUGGCAGUGUCCAAAAUGUUACAAGCUUAGCUGGCUUUCUCAAGUGGAGUUUGAUCAAUGAAAUCAUGAAACCAGGAAUGAGGAACUGCAUCCAACCACUGUUUACGUUUGGAAUAGUCGCUGACAUUCAAUACGCCGAUAGAGACUAUGGCUUCAAUUUUAAACAUACAAGGAAAUGAUACUACAGUAACAGUCUUCACCUAUUGCGCAAUGCAUAGGAGAGGCGGGACGUGGAAAAAGUCAACCCCGCUUCAUCCUUCAGCUCAGGGACAUUAUCAAUGUCUUCAACAAGAUGCAUGAUGCGCCAGAGCGGGCUCCGGAAACGGUGAUGAAAAAGUUUGAGUCCUCUCUGGUUGAAGUCCACAACGUUUAGGGAAACAAUGAGUUUUAUAACUUAGCAGACACUCUACUGCGGUCGGUUCUCAACAGCACUACUGAUUCUGAAUCAGCAAGGGGGACGUCCCAGCACUGGUGAUAUCUAUGUAUAUAAUUUCAGUCCAACCAUCCAAAUACCGAUUUGUCGUUUUGGAUGCCUAUGAUGUCAUCGUACUAGGGAGGGAGGAGUCCAGUGUUCAAUACCACCAGGCUAUUGGUCUUUUUUAAAGACGCACAACGACAAUGAUCUGAACCACCCACCAGGUAGGUCUGCUGUUAGUCAGGAGGUCUGGUCCUUUAUAGCACAGGUAGUGCACUUUCCCUGCAGGGUAGAUGAGGGCAGCAGAAGGUAGGACCCUAAAUGGCAGGUAAUCCAAGAAAGAAAACAAGUAGAAAACUUCAGUGAACUAUUUACAGAUAAUAUACACUGUAUAAUACAAAACUGCAUAAGUAGCAGACCAGCCUAUAAUAUAUAUCAUAUAUACACCAGGAGGCACAACUGCAAUGCAUUUUGACUUAGACUUCUUGUUCUUGUACUUGUUCUUAGCUUAUGAGCUGAAAUCCACCUGCAACUAUUCUAUACUGCACAACUUCCUGUAACUUGACUAUGGAGAACCUAUAGCUCUGAAUAAGAGGUGAUUUGAAGUAUUUGACACCUGUUUAAUAAAUGUUUUUCUCCCUAUGUUUUCGCAGCUACAGGGCUGGAGCAGAGGUUUGUUGUCAAUAGAGGAUUCAGUCCAAGAUCAGCUGCACUGGCUGGAAGAAGUUCUGUUGUUGGUGCAUGACAAACUGGAGAUCAGGUCACCAUUGUCAAUGAAUAAACUCUACAGAUCCCAUCUCCCUAUCCACCCCAGCUAUCUCCCUAUCCACCCCAGCUCUACAGAUCCUAUCUCCCUAUCCACCCCAGCUAUCUCCCUAUCCACCUCAGCUCUACAGAUCCUAUCUCCCUAUCCACCCCAGCUCUACAGAUCCCAUCUCCCUAUCCACCCCAGCUAUCUCCCUAUCCACCCCAGCUCUACAGAUCCCAUCUCCCUAUCCACCCCAGCUAUCUCCCUAUCCACCCCAGCUGUACAGAUCCUAUCUCCCUAUCCACCCCAGCUAUCUCCCUAUCCACCCCAGCUGUACAGAUCCUAUCUCCCUAUCCACCCCAGCUAUCUCCCUAUCCACCCCAGCUCUACAGAUCCUAUCUCCCUAUCCACCCCAGCUAUCUCCCUAUCCACCCCAGCUCUACAGAUCCUAUCUCCCUAUCCACCCCAGCUCUACAGAUCCUAUCUCCCUAUCCACCCCAGCUCUACAGAUCCUAUCUCCCUAUCCACCCCAGCUAUCUCCCUAUCCACCCCAGCUCUACAGAUCAUAUCUCCCUAUCCACCCCAGCUAUCUCCCUAUCCACCCCAGCUCUACAGAUCCUAUCUCCCUAUCCACCCCAGCUAUCUCCCUAUCCACCCCAGCUCUACAGAUCCUAUCUCCCUAUCCACCCCAGCUAUCUCCCUAUCCACCCCAGCUCUACAGAUCCUAUCUCCCUAUCCACCCCAGCUAUCUCCCUAUCCACCCCAGCUCUACAGAUCCCAUCUCCCUAUCCACCCCAGCUAUCUCCCUAUCCACCCCAGCUCUACAGAUCCUAUCUCCCUAUCCACCCCAGCUAUCUCCCUAUCCACCCCAGCUCUACAGAUCCCAUCUCCCUAUCCACCCCAGCUAUCUCCCUAUCCACCCCAGCUAUCUCCCUAUCCACCCCAGCUCUACAGAUCCCAUCUCCCUAGUCUGAAACUACGACGUGCUACUCUCAACCCUCCAGGCCCAUAAGAGUGUGGUCUGCUUCAUGACAGGACAAGACUAUGAUGGCGAGUACCACAGAGAUGACUUCGGAGUGCACUAACUCACACUGGGGGGUGAUAGAGAGACCCAAACCCCCACACCGGACAGUGACGCCUUUGGUACAGUCUCUGUGUAUGAGGACAGGAUGUUUCUAAAGGGAUAUGGAAGAAUGUCUGACAGAAUACUGAACUAUCCAUGACUAGACAAGUCAGUUAAGAACAAAUUCUUAUUUUACAAUGACGGCCUACCAGCGGCCAAACCCUCCCCUAACCCAGACAGCGCUGGGCCAAUUGUGCGC